UGUGCAACUUUUUAUUUCUCUUUGUGGCUGAUGGAAGAUGAACUGACUCUAAGGGCAUUGGGCAGCUGGGGUUGCUAUAGGGUUGCUACAGCAACUUGAUUUUUCUGUGAGUAAGGAGCUAAAUUAGCAGGCUCUUCUGCAACUCCCCAGUUCUUGGUGGCAAGAGUAAUGAGAGCAGCUCUCCCUCCACACAGCAGCUUCUCUCAGGAAGAUCAGUGUGUCUAUUUGGACUAAGAAGUGAGAAAAAACCCCCAAACAUCAAACCUUGCAGCAAGGACAUUUUUACAUUUUCUGCCUGCACCUUGACAAAGAAGAGGAAUGGGCUGUGACACGAACUGUGGGCUCAUCACUGGGGCCAUCAUCGGUGCUGUUCUGGCUAUCUUUGGGGGAGCUCUGAUACCAAUUGGAGAUUACCUUAUAGGAAAAGCAAUAAAAAAGGAAGCUGUCAUUGUAAAUGGUACCAUUGCUUAUGACAACUGGGUUGUGCCAGGAAGUUCGGUUUACAGGGAAUUUUGGAUUUUCCAUGUGCAAAAUCCUUCAGAGGUCUUAGAAGAAGGAGCACAUCCAAAACUUGAACAAAGAGGACCUUACACAUACAGGGUGAGAUAUUUACCCAAAGAAAAUAUCACGGAUAACUCUGAUGGCACAAUAUCCUACAUGCUGCCUAAUGUUGCUCGUUUUGAACCUGAUCUCUCUGUUGGGUCAGAAAAUGAUACAUUCACGUGCCUCAACCUUGCUGUUGCUGCUGCACCUUCCUUGUAUACAAACACUUUUAUACAACUACUAUUAAAUUCUUGGAUUAAAUCUUCUAAGUCACAAUUGCUGCAGAACAGAACAGUGAAAGAACUACUGUGGGGAUACAAAGAUCCCUUCUUAAACAAGGUCCCCUUCCCUUUGGACCCAGUUCUGGGAGUCUUCUAUCCGUAUAAUGGAACAUUCGAUGGAGUUUACAGAGUUUACACUGGGACAGAAGAUAUUAAAAAAACAGCAAUAAUUGAAAGCUAUAAAAACAAAAGGAAUCUUUCAUACUGGGAAGGUCACUGUGAUAUGGUCAAUGGCACAGAUGGGGCAUCAUUCCCACCAUUUGUUAAGAAGAAUCAGGUACUGCGCUUCUUCUCCUCCGACAUCUGCAGAUCGAUCUAUGGAGUUUUCCAGGGCAAGCAGAAUGUGAAGGGCAUCUCACUCUAUCGUUUCGCAGUUCCUCGUGAAGCAUUUGCAUCACCCACUGAAGUUCGAGACAAUUACUGCUUCUGUACAGAUGAAGUCAUAUCACAGAACUGCACGUUAGCUGGAGUCCUAGACAUAAGUGCCUGCAAAGCAGGAAGACCAGUAUUUAUCUCUCUUCCACAUUUCCUUCAUGCAAGUGAUUCUAUAUUGCAUGAUGUUGAAGGACUGAGCCCAAAUGAGCAGGAGCAUGAGACUUUUCUAGAUAUAGAGCCUACCACUGGUUUUACACUACAGUUUGCAAAAAGGCUGCAAGUAAAUCUCCUUGUGAGACCUGCACCAAAAAUUGAAGCUUUAUCAAAAGUUAAAAAACCUUAUGUUUUUCCCAUUCUUUGGCUAAAUGAGUCUGCUGUUAUUGGGGAUGAGAAAGCAGAAAUGUUCAGAAAGAAAGUCGUGGGUCCUGUCCAGCUGCUGGGUAUGCUGCAGAUGGUGUUAAUGAUCACAGGUUCUGUGCUAUUCAUCACUUUCAUGGGUUCCUUCUUCAUAUGUGUAUCAAAGAAAUCAAAAUAAGUAACAAAAGACUUCAGAAGUAGUCAAUGUUUAAUUGAAAUUUCUGCCAAGCAGCAGUUAAAAUUCAGAGACGAAAGAUAUGAUUUAAGGCACGGUCAGCCCACAUGCUAUGGAAUUCAAUAUGCUUGUCCAUUUUGAGAAGACCAACUCACUAACCCAAAUAAGAUGAUGUUUCUGAAGGUCCACACUUCUGACAUCACUAAAGAGGCUGCCAUGGAAACUAUGCUUUCAAAUAAAUCAUUAUUUGAACCUCGUUACAAGUUUUAAAUUACAUUCAAGCAGACUGAAGAGGAGGUGCAGUUGGAUUUUAGAUCACCUUCUGCCAUUUAUGCAACUUGCUACUUUUUUCUUCUGGGAUUUGCAAGACAAGUGAAAGCUGUUUGCUGACCCUCUGUCUCUGAGCACAGGCUGGGAAUGACAACACCAUUGAGCUCAUGCUGUGCUCUAGAUGCUCUCAUUUCAAUUUUUCUUUCUGUUCCUUCAAGGAAUGGAAGCUGCUGCAACAGAACUGCUCUCUGUCCUCUAUUCAGGGAUGUGAAUUGUGUUGAACGUGAAGUUUAUUAUGUAAAGUUACUAACUGUAAUACAUGAAGUUAAUAAAAUACCUACUAAAAUAUGUGGUUUAUACAUUUUAUAUGGAGAUGGCUCAUAGACACAGUCAUUCAUAUGUUUAUGGAGCUCAUAAAAAUUUGUCUCCACGGCUAUUUAUCAAUCUGAGCUACCUGCUAAUUCCCACCUUGCUCAACAGCUCUUACUCUGCCUUCUGUGUGCUUUCUUUCUGGCUGUUGCUUGAACAUCAGCCUCUGCUUUGCCCUAACUCCACUUUGCCCAAAGCUUCCCUCAGGGAAUGAUCUCAUAUGUCACCUUUAGGUGACAUAUUUCAGAAUAUGUCCAGACACAGAAAGGACUGAGAUAAUUAUUUUGAUCAAAAAUCAAGAGUUCCACUUCCUUGCUGUAGAAGAAUAUAAAUGAAAACAGGUAGCCCCAAUUAUUAACUAAUAAACCAUCUCCCACAAGGCAAUUUGUUCAACCAUUGUUUAAUGAGGUGCAUCAGUGUGUAGACAGGCAGCAAACACUGCCAUCUGCAUAAAUGGUUUACUUUUUCAUUUGAUCUGAACGCCAUAUCUUAGAAAUGAGAGUCAAUGGGGCAGAUAAUUGAGUGUCGUGGGGGUCUCUCCUUUUCCCACGGACUCACUGGAUUCAGAAAGAUGGCCUAAGAUCAGCAUUGUUUAAGAUUUCUUCUUGGAUCUCUUGCUCCCUUAAAUAAUAGUUGCAGAGAAAAGGAAAGAUAAAAAAUGGCCAGCCUGUAAUAACCUGGUGCUUGGAAGUAGUGCUACAGUGGACUUUAAACCAGACUUAUCUUGCUAGUAAAGGACAAUAUCUUUCUCCAGGUAUCUGUAGUAAAGUGUUUUCACCCUUUGGAAAUAAAGGGGAAAAUCUUAUAGACUAAAAUGCCAUUGUUUUAAAUCCAUGUUCUUUGUGGACAAAGUUAUAUAGCUAUCAACAGAGCUGAUAAAUUACAGAAAUUCCAAGAGAUUCUUGAGGGCAAGGUCUAUGUAGUACAAGGCCACACUCUCUUUUUCCAGCCAUGAACUGGAAAUGUAACAAGGCAGAAGAUGUGAAAGAAACGUGGCACUCGAGGGAAGCUCUGCUCUCACUUAGAGAGCCAAUGCGUUUGAGUAUUAACAGUGCUUGCUAGUCAGGGAAAAAUAACACCUUUCUCUCAUCUCUACAUUACUGCUGCUGUCAUAUGUGAUGCUCUGUUGUCAUGUUAAUUUGGGGAGAGUUGACACAAUUGAAGUCAUCCCUAGAGCCCUAUGGCCUGGACCACUAAAGUAAUUAAGUCACCUUCUCCUCUGAAAUACGUACAUCCCUGCUGUGCUUCAAGAUCUGACACCAAGUUUUUUUCUAAUAAAACUAGUCUUUUGUGCCAGAAGCUGAAAGUGAGAUCUUUUCACCACAGUAACAGCAGCAAUGUUCCUGUCAUUUUUGAGGAGCUAGCAUUUCAGCUUCAUUUUCUUUGGCUUCAAGCCAUUGUCAGCAAGUCAGUGUUUGCUCUACUAGUGUUGUUUGGUGCCAUGUGCUGCUCCAGCAGCAGCGAUCCAGAAAGUCAGGCCAUGAUUUUAAAUGUCUCAGGGCCAAGUUUUGCAUGCACAUAAAUACUUUUGUUCAUAUGUAUAACCUCAUUGAACUCUAUGCAAUUUUGGACAUUUAAACUAUGUUCAGCACCUAGACUGCACUUGAAUGAUCAUUAGUAGUUUUUUUGUCCAAAGCAUUGGUUACAGUUAUUUUUAAUUCAUGUUAUUAUGGCUAAUGUUAAGUAUUUACGUUUGUUCAAACAGUGCAGGAUAAACUUUUAUUAGAAAUGCUAAUGAUCUCAAUACAAAUAAAAUAAAGCUCAAAUGCUUCUUCCUGAGAUGUUCUUCUGUAAUUGUAAAUAAAGUCUUCUGUGUUGGAUAACGAAA